AGGAUAUGACCAGAGACUGAGGACAUAGUACAGGAGAUGACCAGAGACUGCGGACAUAGUACAGGAGAUGACCAAAGACUGCGGACAGUACAGGAGAUUACCAGAGACUGUGGAAACAGUAUAGGACAUGACCAGAGACUGCGGACAUACUACAGAAGUUGACCAGAGACUGUGGACAUAUUACAGGAGUUGACCAGAGACUGCGGACAUAGUACAGGAGAUGACCAGAGACUGUGGACAUAGUACAGGAGAUGACCAGAGACUGCGGACAUAAUACAGGAGAUGACCAGAGACUGCGGACACAGUACAGGAGAUUACCAGAGACUGCGGAAAAAAGUACAGGACAUGACCAGAGACUGCGGACAGUACAGGAGAUGACCAGAGACUGCGGACAUAAUACAGGAGAUGACCAGAGACUGCGGACACAGUACAGGAGAUUACCAGAGACUGCGGAAAAAGUACAG